GAGACAAGUUCUCUAACAAAAUUGACCUCAACGAAAAAAAAAUAAUGUUGCAAUGGUUAGAAGUCAAAACCCUACAGACCCCUUCAGAAAGUGAUAAAAUUUAAUACAAUUUUCUGGUACUUAUUCUUGACAAAAUAAAUGUCUGGAAUAAUAAACAAUAAUUUAGAGUAAAAUGACGAAACAAACGUACUUUUGUCUUAUUUGUGCUAUCUCCAUAAAAUGUAUAUUUUUUGAAGUGCAUUAUAUCUUUAUAAGUAGAUAGUUCUUGAUAAAUAUAUAAUCAGCUGAAAAAAUGUUAGUAACCCUAGUGGCGGCGCGGGGCAGUGCGACGCUAGGGAACAGCAUUUUGGAAACAGACGAGGCCUGUUAGGCAGUAGGUAAUAUAUUCAAAUUGACGUAACAAGUGCUAAUAGUAAAGUGGGUGGACAAAAUCGUAAGAAAUUGAUCCAAAAAGCGAAGAAGACAAAAAAAAAUUAAGUGGUUACAAUAUUAUUAUUUUGACGAGAAAGGAAAGAGCAAACGGCCUAAUUAACGAAACGUAAGAGAUGUCAGCUGACAGCAUAGAAAUUAUUAUAGGCCGCUUCGGGAAAUAUCAAACAUGGAUCUGGUUUUUAAUAGCAGUAGGUCGAGCUCCCACAGAUUAUCAACUCACUAAUGUCGUGUUUCUUGUACCAAGUGUUGAUUAUGUCUGUAUGGAUGAAGGAGCAUACAAUUCAACCAAUCAUUGCCCUUGUGAUAAUCCAGUAUACGACCAAAGUUCUAUCGUAAAUUCUGUGACGUCGACAUGGAAUCUUAUAUGCGAAAAGAGCCAUUUGGGAAGUUUAGCACAAUCUAUGCUACAAAUUGGGAUUUUAGGGGGCAGUUUGUUCUACGGUCAUAUUUCGGACAGGUACGGCCGUCGAAUCGCUUGUACACUGGCACUUUUCUCGGAAGUUCUAUUUGUAGCUCUAUCCGCUGCAGCAUCAAAAUUGUGGAUUUUCAUUGUGCUGCGUUUUUUCAUUGGCACAGCCGUUGGAGGAACCAUGCUCUGUUGUUUCGUGAUUCUUGUAGAGCUCAGUGGGAAAUCCUUUAGGCCAUUCAUUACAUCCCUUAGUGAAGUAUCCUAUCUCAUUUCUUAUUUCACACUACCAAUAAUAGCAUAUUUUCUACGAGACUGGAGACAACUACAAAUGGCAACAUCGUUACCAUGGAUAUUUGUAGUAUUUUACUAUUAUCUAAUACCUGAAUCGCCUAGGUGGUUGAUCACAAGAGGUAAAAUGGAAGAAGCUAUUGAAACUUUAACACGCAUAGCACGCAGAAAUGGUCGUCCAACUGACAAUAUACGAGACAUAGUAGAAAAAAUUCAUGAAGAAACCGCUAUUUGCAGUGGACAAGAAUAUGGAUCUUAUUUAAAUCUGUUUAAAACCCCAAAAAUGAGAUUAUACACAUUAUUAUUAGCCUUUGUAUGGUUGUGCUGUGCACAUACUUUUUUUGGUAUAAAUCAGUAUAUAGGUCGGCUGCAAGGAAACCUUUAUCUAAAUGUUAUGCUUUCAGCUGCAAGUCUUGCACCUGGCCUUUUUCUAAUCGUAGUAGCUUGUGUAUAUCUUAAAAGGAGAGUAACCAUCGUAACAAGCUUUGUUUUAGCUGGAGUAUCUUUACUUAUAUUAAUGUUUACACCAACCCGUAUGAAAUCUUUACAAUUGGCAUUUGCUAUAAUUGGACAAAUAGGCGCUUAUACCGCCUUUUGCCAGAUUUUUCUUUACUGUACUGAAAUAUUUCCAACUGUUAUCAGAAACUCAGCGAUGGGUUUCGCUUCGGUGUUUGCUAGGUUUGGAGGGUUAAUUGCACCAUUUGUUGUUAAUAUUGGCGUUGAAUGGAUAUCUAUAAUGAUAUUCAGCUCGUUAGCUUUAAUAGCGGCAUCCUUAUUUUACUUCUUACCGGAAACAAAAGAUGUUGUACUACCAAACACAAUUGGGCAAACAGAGAAAUCAAGAAGUGAGACGUGAAAAGGACUUAAUGAACCUCCCUAAAUUUUGAUAGGUAGAUAUAAUACGAGAAUAGGUAAAAAUAUUGUGUGUACAGUGUACACUGUAAAUAAUAAUUAUUAAGAACGCCUAGUACAACGUAAAAAUAAAUUGUUAUAAAGCCGUAGAAUAUUAGGUAUCUCUGUUGUUGUUACGUUAAUGCAAUUUUGCCAUGCAUUUAAAACACUAUUUAAACUACUGUUUAGUGAGUGCUUAAUCAUUUUAGAAACUUCAGCCCAAAAGAAUCACUCACAAAGUAAUCAAAAUCAAAUCAAAUCAAAAUUA